AUCCAACCCUUUCUCCCGCGUCUUUCCUCUCUUUUAUCCCUUUAACCCUUUACUUCUCAUUCUUCUCUCCUAAUCUCAUCCGCCGCCGCCAUGGAUCGCUUCCACCACCCUCAAUCCUCCGCCGCCGCCUCCACCGUCUCCAACUCCGAACUCAAACGCGGCAAGAAGCGUGGUAGCUACAACUGUGGCCGAUGUGGCCUCCCCAAGAAAGGCCAUGUCUGUAACCUCAAUUCUUCCACUACCUCCACUACCACCGCCGUCACCGCUAUCACUUCUACUCCCACCACCGAUUCUACCAAUUCCGCUCGCGGUUCUACUAUUGACCCGGCCUCUCACUCUCACCUCCGUCGCGCUCUCUCAUUUGACGAGGCGGACGAUCUCCGUAGCGGCUUUCACUCUGAUCUUGACGAUAUUGAUGAGGCCGAUCCGGUGUUUGGUUACCCUGAUAUCGAUCCGGACUCCUCUGGACGUUUGCCGGCUACUUGUCUUUGGGAGGUUUUGAGGAGGCUGCCGCCGACUGGGAUUUUAGCGGCGGCGAGGGUUUGUAAGGGGUGGAGAGAGACGACGAGGAAGAUUUGGAGAGCGGCGGAGUUGUUGAGAUUGAGAGUUCCGUCUAGGGCUCAGGUUGGAUUUGUUGGUUCGUUGCUGCAGAAGUGUUCUGGACUUGUGACACUCUCGCUUAGAUUGGAAAGUGACUUGGAUUCGAUGAUGUUGGCUUGCAUUGCGUUCUCGUGUCCUAAUCUUGAAGUUCUGGAGAUCACCAAGUCUCAAUCAUCGAUAAAUCGCAUCACAGGUGGUGAACUUGGUCGAUUUGUUGCUGAUAAACGCUGUCUUAAGAGUUUUAAGAUGGAAGGUUGUUCUAGUUUGGGGAGUUUUUCCCUCUGUUCAUCAAGUCUUGGCACACUUUGGCUUUCUGAUCUUUGCUCGCUCUCUAAGAUGGCUUUCAAUUGCCCCAAUUUAAAGGAGAUUUCAUUGGAGUUUUCCCGUCAAGAAAACGAUAGCACUGAUCUUGUUGCAAUGGUUGAUGGCAUGGGAAGGGGUUGCCCAAGAUUACAAAACAUACAUAUUUCAUCUUUCCGUCUUUCUCAUGCUGUAGUACUAGCACUCACAGCUGCACAAUUGAGGGGAUUGCGGAUGCUUUCACUUGUUCUUGGAGCUGACAUCACCGAUGCGUCAGUUGCUUCUAUUGCUUCAAGCUAUCCAAACUUGGAGUUGAUUGAUCUUAGCGGGUCUAGCAUCAGUGACAGUGGCAUAGGAAUGAUCUGCAAUGUUUUCCCAGAUUCAUUGUCUAGACUUCUCCUUGCCCUCUGUCCUAAUAUCACUUCAAGUGGCAUACAAUUUGCGACGGCUGAAUUGCCACUUCUUGAACUCAUGGAUUGUGGGAUGACUAUUUGCGACCCUAAUGCUACAGAUUCUACAUCUGAUACUGAUGAUCACAAGUUAUCAAAACCGCCACCGAACUCUAAGUUUCACCUUAUUUACCAAAAGCUGAUCAUUAAACACAACAACCUGAAAAAGCUGAGUUUAUGGGGAUGUUCUGGUUUAGAUGCACUAUAUCUUAACUGCCCACAACUAGAUGAUCUCAACCUGAACUCUUGCAAAAAUUUGCAUCCAGAGAGGUUGCUACUUCAGUGCCCUGGCUUACGAAAUGUGCACGCAUCAGAUUGUGAGGAGUUAUUGGUUGGAGCUAUUCGAACUCAGCUUAAUAAGGCUGCUGCACCAGAGGAGAACCUACUAUCAUGCAAACGCUUGGCAGAUGGCUCAAAACGUAUUAGAGUUCCACCUCUUGUUAAUUCACUGUCAUCUGAUAAUUAUACGAAACGAAGAAAGGUCGGAAGCCAUCAGUGUAAGAUUCUUGUGUCAUAGACGAUUUAGAAGUUGUGAUUGGUUUUCUCUUCAGGGUGUACACGGAUUAUAUUUGAGCAUUGUGAAUUAGCCAGUGAAGGCAGAGUGCAUCUGCCAACCCCAUUUGGGGUUUUUAUUAGAGGCAGAGUGCCUCGCCUGUAUAAACAUUUCGCUACGUAACAUUGCCACUUCCCUAAAACCAUAUUUUUCAUUUUUUUU